AUGUCCAAUAAUCUAACGGCUCCAUCUUUAUCUUUAAAGGGUUGGUAUUAUUUAUAUCAUUACGAUAAAGAAUUGUUCGAAGAAGAAUGGUAUGAAACUACUAGAAUGGUUGCGAAACAUACCGAAAAACAAAACGUAGAAAAAGUUUACUCGCAUACUCACCCUUUUAUAAGAUAUUUUAUCAGACGAUCUAUUAAAGGAGGAAGAGUUUCGGCAAAUCGAAAAUCAUUUGAAACGAAUAAAAUGAAUGAGAUCUGCGCCAUAUUAAAAGAAUACAAUGAAAGCAACACUGAAGGAAUAAUAGAUUUAUUCAAAGAAUACAGCGCAAGCACAAAAGACAAAACGGAGGUUCAUUCGAGACUUAAAAAAAUAGAAUGUACUAAACUAAUGGCAUUUGAUGCUAACGGUUUAUACGCUUCCGCCAUGUCGGAUUUAGACAGUGAAUAUCCGAGAGCGGAAAGUGGAAGACUGUUUCUACCAGAAGAAGAAAAAGAAUUUGUAAAACUCUUCAACAAACAAAAAUUCAGAUCUAGAACAGCUAUUUUAACAGUGUGGUUUGACUAUCCCAAAAACAUAUUCUUCCAACCGAUACCAGCUGAAGAUAAAAUCACUUUCACGAAUAAAGAAGGUAAAAAGGAAACUGGUAACAAAAUCAGGUUCAGAAAUGGUUUCUGUCACGACGUUUUAACAUCGGUCGAUAUUCAAGAAAUAGUGAAAGCCGGUGGACGAAUUAUUAGAAUAUUAGAUGGUAUAGUUUACGAAGAAAAUUUUAAAACUCCACCCUAUAGAGAUUAUAUUUUAAUUUUGAGAGAUUUAAGAAAUAAAUAUAAACGAGAAGCACCAAAAGUCAAAUACAACAUCGUUUUGACUUCUGAUGGUGUUUUAAAAGAAAAGAAAACGUUUAAAGGUUAUUCUAAUGAUAAGAUAAGUGUAGAAGAUUACGUUCAGUUAGCAAGCGGACAUGAUGUGUCGAACGAAUUUAAUAAACCAUGGGAAAAAAGUUUCACCAAUGGAGUAGUUAUUCCAAAUGAUAAACAAACUAAAGUUUUUAGAAGUUAUUUGAAUAAUGUUAAAAGAAAACCACCAAACAGUGAAGGAAUUAUGUAUCCUUACAACGACAAAGAUGAGUAUAGUUUUGACGAAAACUAUGAAUUUGAUGAUUUCGAUUAUCUUACUAUUCAAGAAGAGAAUGGAGAUUGUUUUAAAUGA